AUGCCAUAUCAUCAUGGCUUCUUUGGGCGACCUGUUGAAAUGUUCGACCCAUUCUCCCUCUACUUUCCGAAUGAUUUUCCCUUCGAUUUCCCAGCCUUUCGACCACCACCACCGCCUUUUAUGGUCCCACCACGGCCACUUCUACCAGAUAUGAGGAGACUGAUGCCUAGGACCAACAUCGAGUAUAAGGAGACUGCGGAAGCUCAUCACUUCAAGGCCGAGCUUCCGGGUGUCAGAGAAGAGGAUGUGACGGUGAACAUAGAUGAGGGUGGGAAGAUGAUCCACAUACGUGCCAAAUCAAAGCAUGGCAGGGAGGAAAACAAAGAGAGAUAUCAUCAUGUUGAGCAUGGUUGUGGGGAGUUUGCGAGUUCGUUCACGCUACCGCCCGAUGCAAAUCCUGAGCAUAUGAGGUGCUGUGUUGAUAAUGGUGUGCUUACCAUCGCCAUUCCUAAGCACCAGUCCUACUACCAGUAA